CGCGAGGCGACACAGCCGCACCGCUCUCCCACAUCGGUCACCGCCACAUACAGCGAGCACCAGCGCCGCCCAUGUGUGUCCGCUGCCGACUCACCUUUGGACUCGCCGACUCCUCCCGCGAAAACAGAGGCGUGGGGAGGCCGAGCACCGCGCCCCGAGGGUUUCGACGUGGGCGGCAGGCCGUCGUGGGACAGACCGACGCGCGCGCAGGGUCGACCAACAAAAAGGCACAAGAAGCCGGACCGGGCCUUCGAAGCGGCUCCUCCCUCACCUCCCUCACCCUCCCCGCCAGCCUCUUCGCCCAGUGACGGUCUUCUGCGGCUGCUCCGCCCUCACCUCCGUCACGCUGCCCGACAGCCUCACCUCCAUCGGCAAGCAACGCCGCCUUCCGCGGCUGAGCCGCCUUCGUCCGCACAACUUGUAAGCCCGCCGGCCUCGCCUCCAUCAACAGCUUCGCCUUCUUCGGUAUGCGCAACCUUCGCAGCGCUGGUUCGAGGCGGUGGACGGGGCUCUGGCCUACAAGCGCUGCCGCUCAAAACCUCUACGGCUGCGGCCCGGAUGGCGUGGCGCGCCAGCGCAACCUCGAGGCGUUCGAGGCGAUUUUGCGCAGCCCAUGGGCUCCACCGUGAGCGCCUGGGGGGACGCGCACUGUCGCGUGCGUCCUUCUGCAGUCGCCCUCGCCCUCGCCGAGCCGUGGACGUUGCGUGAAGAAUGCGCGCUUCGGUGCUUUGCAUCUCCUAAAGUCACUACGCUCGGAAGUGUUUGUGCGCGGGGCGAGCCAAACCUGGUGUUGUGUGCAGCCCUGCCCCUGGUGAAGCCCGCUCGGUGUGUGUGUUCUCGUGCGCCCCGUCGGCCAUGCUCGCAGC